AUGCAAAACUUAUGGGGUAAACGAAAAUCAAUUGAAAUUAAAGCAGUUUGCUGUUUUUUUUAUUCUUCUUUAGUUUUCAUUUAUCUUCUUACUUUAACAUCGAUUCAAAUAAUAUCAUCAUUUUCAAUAAUUAAAAAUGGUCAAAAUGAAAAUAAAUUAGAUGAUAUACAACGAAGUGCGUCUUUAUUAUCAUCAGAUUUAUCAUCUAUUGAAAAACAAGAAAGUGAUCCUGAAUGUUUGCCGAAAAAUCUUUUUUCAAAUAUGUUUGAUCGUUAUCGACGAGCAUCAAUAUCUCGUCCUUAUUUUCAUCAUUGGCGAAGAGCUCGUGAUAAUAAUCGUUAUCCAUCAAAAAGUUUAUUAGCAUUUUCACCUCGUUUAGGUAAACGAGCAUAUGAAAAUGAUCAACAAUUAGAAAAAGAAAAUGAUUUCAAUGAUAUUGACGCAUUUCUUAUUGGGUAUUUAUUAGGAAAAAACAUUGAUAUUAUUUAUGAAGACCCAACAAAAAUUUGUCUGUCAAAAUCUGUUAGUAAUGGUCCUAUUUAA